AUGGCCAAGCGCACCUUCUCCACAUUGGAGUCGUUCCUAAUUUUCCUCCUUGUAAUGAUGACUGCGAUCACGGUGGCCCUUCUUAGUCUACUGUUUAUCACCAGUGGGACCAUUGAAAACCACAAAGAUUCAGGAGUCCAUGAUUUUCCAGCCACCAACAGCCCCAUCACCACUCAAGCUUCUCUACUGACUUACACCUCAGAGCCUCCACUGCUUCAGAACUUCAGUGGCUACCGUAUUGGUGUUGGGCGAGCUGACUGCACAGGACAAGUAUCAGAUAUCAAUUUGAUGGGCUAUAGCAAAGCUGGCCAGAAUGCGCGGGGCAUCCUCACAAGGCUAUACAGCCGUGCCUUCAUUAUAGCAGAACCUGAUGGGUCAAAUAGAAUUGUGUUUGUCAGCAUUGACAUAGGCAUGGUGUCCCAAAGACUCAGGCUGGAGGUUCUAAACAGACUGGAGAGUAAAUAUGGCCCCCUCUACAGAAGAGACAACGUUAUCCUGAGUGGCACUCACACACACUCGGCUCCAGCAGGCUUUUUCCAGUACACUCUAUUCGUAAUUGCCAGUGAAGGAUUUAGCAAUAGAACUUUUCAGUACAUGGUCAAUGGCAUCGUGAAGAGCAUUGAAAUAGCACAUGCGAGUAUGAAACCAGGCAAAAUCUUUAUUAAUAAAGGAAUUGUUGAUGGUGUACAGAUCAACCGAAGCCCUUAUUCUUACCUUCAGAAUCCGCAAUCAGAGAGAGCGAGGUAUUCUUCAAACACAGACAAAGAAAUGGCAGUCUUGAAAAUGGUAGAUCUGAAUGGAAAUGACCUGGGCUCUAUCAGAGAGCGAUUAGAGAGUUCCCGGGAAUUGCAUUCAGCAUCUCAACAUCAAGCUACCACAGCUUUGAACUGUGUCUGUGAACAGUUUGUUAGUGUUAUUAUAGGUUCUUUGUGUUAUUUGGGACCGUAUGUAGCAGCUUUUGCUUCAUCAAACCUAGGAGAUGUGUCCCCCAAUAUUCUUGGCCCACAUUGCAUCAACACUGGAGACUCCUGUGAUAAUGCCAAUAGCUUUUGUCCUGUUGGUGGGCCCAGCAUGUGCAUUGCUAAGGGACCUGGAAAGGAUAUGCUUGACAGCACACAAAUCAUUGGACGGUCCAUAUAUCAGAGAGCAAAGGAACUCUAUGACUCUGCCUCCCAGGAGGUAACUGGACCGCUGGCUUCUGCUCACCAGUGGGUGAAUAUGACGGAUGUCACCGUCUCACUCAAUUCUACACACUCAGCCAAAACCUGUAAACCAGCAUUGGGCUACAGCUUUGCAGCCGGCACAAUUGAUGGAGUUGGAAGCCUCAAUUUUACACAGGGUAAAAUAGAAGGUGAUCCAUUCUGGGACACCAUUCGUGACCGUUCUCUAGGAGAACCCUCGGAGUGGCUGAAAGAAUAAUAUUCCUAACACCAUUUUUGUGUUUUUGGUUCUCAGAUGAUAAGACCUCACCCUUGGCACCCAGAGAUUGUUGAUGUUCAGCUUAUUACUCUUGGGUCUGUGGCAAUAACUGCCAUCCCUGGGGAGUUUACGACCAUGUCUGGACGAAGACUUCGGGAGGCUGUUCAAGCAGAAUUUGCAUCUUAUGGGAUGCAGAAUAUGACUGUUAUUGUUUCAGGUUUAUGUAAUGUUUAUACACAUUACAUUACCACCUAUGAAGAAUACCAGGUUCAGAGGUAUGAGGCAGCAUCUACUAUUUACGGUCCAUAUACUCUGUCUGCAUACAUCCAGCUCUUCAGAGGCCUUGCUAAGGCCAUUGCUACGGACACAGUAGCCAACCUCAGCACAGGUCCAGAACCUCCAUAUUUCAAACAACUGUUAAUCUCUUUAAUUCCUAAUGUUGUGGAUACAACACCAAGAGGCAAAAAUUUUGGGGAUGUUCUACAGCCAGCAAAACCAGAAUACAGAGUGGGAGAAGUUGCUGAAGUUACAUUUGUAGGUGCAAAUCCAAAGAAUUCAGCAGAAAACCAGACCCAUCACACCUUCCUCACUGUGGAGAAAUAUGAGGUCGAUUCAGGAUCAUGGCGGAUAGUGCAUAAUGAUGCCUCCUGGGAGACUCAUUUUUAUUGGCACAAGGGAUUACUGGGUGUGAGCAAUGCAACAAUAGCCUGGCAUAUUCCAGCCACUGCCCAGCCUGGAAUCUACAGAAUAAAAUACUUUGGACACAAUCGGAAGCAGGAUUUUCUCAGGCCUGCAGUCAUACUUUCGUUUGAAGGCACUUCCUCUGCUUUUGAAGUUGUAACUACUUAG